UUUGUAUGAAAAAUUAAAUAUGGUGGAAUUUGAUGAAUAUAAGGAGGAAGAAGAACUAAGCUAUGAUGAACUCGAGAAGAGAAUGUGGAAGGACCGAAUGAGGUUGCACAACUUCAAGAAGGGAGGCAGCAAAUUAUUAUUAUUAUUAUUAUUAGAAGAAGAAGAGAUUGAUCAUGAGUACAAAGCUCAAGAACAAUAUUUAUGUCUAAGGAAAAAGAUGUCCAAAUUUCAAGAUUCUAUUCUCAAGUACAUUGUAAAAAUCAUGGAGGUUUGCAAAGGUCAAGGGUUUGUGUAUGGUAUUGUAUCAAAGAAGGGGAAGUUGGUGAGUGGCUCUUUAGAUAGCUUGAAAGAAUGGUGGAAGGAGAAAGUGAGAUAUGACCAAAAUGCCCCUAUUGCCAUUGCUGAAACCUUACCCAAACUAGUAGAGGAUGAGACCAUCUUGGAUCCUAAUUCCUCAUAUCUAUGUCUUCUUGAAGAAUUGCAAGACACUACUUUUGGCUCAAUUCUUUCAGCUCUAAUGCAACAUUGUAUCCCUCCACAAAGGAGGUUCCCUUUGGAGAGAGGUUUAGUCCCACCUUGGUGGCCAACAGGAAAUGAACUUUGGUGGGGUGCGACGACGAAAUGGAUUUUGGAAUUUGAUCAAGGGUUGGCCCAAGAACAAGGUCCACCACCUUAUAGGAAGGCCCAUGGUUUGAAGAAGGCAUGGAAAGUAAGUGUUUUGGCUGCAAUUGUCAAACAUAUGUCUCCUGAUUUAGGCAGGAUGAGGAGAUUAGUAAAGCAAUCCAAGAACUUGCAAAACAAGAUGACAGCUAAAGAAACAUCUGUUUGGUCUAAAGCUGUUGUUAUAUCGAAAAAAGACGCUGUUAACCAAGAAGAAGCCCUUCUCAAGUUCACUUGGGCUCUCAAGAUUACAACAUCCAAAGAAGAAGAAAAUAAGGAUAAUGAAUUAGAUCUUGCUUUUGUUCAACAAAUGUUGAAAAAAAAUGACAAGAGGAAGUCCAUCUUUGAGAAUGAUGUUAACAUGGAGGAUGUAUUGUAUGCAUGCCAAAACUUGAAUUGCCCACAAAGUGAAUUAGGCUUGGGAUUUAUGGACAAGAAUUCAAGAAUUGAACAUGAAUCAAGUUGUCCUUAUGGUAAAAAAAAAGUGAUCAAGAUUACCAAGAAAGUACCUAUGGCAACUUUUCUAGACAAAUGA